UAAAAAAAGAAUUGUCGUUCGGGAAAAACUUGUUCCUUGAAAUUUCCACUUUCCCUCCAACCUUUUUAUAACCAAAACCUCCACAACUUUUAGGGCUUCAAAAAAAGGGGCGCAAAGAAGAGAGGAGUCUCUGCAGAGCGCUUUCAAAAACCCUUCUCCGUUCUGCAGAGAGGAAGAGAUUAUUAGGAUCGGAUCUAUUAGAUUUAACAGAUUAUUAUGAAAAAAACAUAUGUGGAUAAUUCUUGAGGAUAGUGUUUUUGCCGUUGGAUUGUUGUUGAAGUAGAGUUCCUGUGAUGGUUUGUGCAAUCGACCGUGGAAGGAUUUUAGCUUCAGUUGUCGAUUAGCGAUGAAAUAUUCUUGUCUUGUUGAUAACUGAUGUUAACUGUGGAGUAGGGUUUAUGAUAGUUUGUUUAAAGACUUAAGCAACAUGUAUCUGUAAUUUAUUGUGAAUGGAUGCUGUUUCUGCUUGAAAGAACUGUAUUGUUGCUGUUGGAUUGCCCUUGGAAGGAUCUUAUCUUUGCUUGUGGCUUAUCAGAAUCAUGGAGGCGAUGUCAUCAGAAGUGGUGCAGGGGCAGAUUAAUGCCAUUCUAGGUGCCGAUCCGGCGGCUUUUGAAGCCUUAAUAACGCACCUUAUGAGUGCCGGCAACGAGCAGCGAGGUCAGGCGGAGGUGCUAUUUAAUGCGUGCAAGGAGAAGCACCCCGAUGCACUGGCUUUAAAGCUAGUCUAUGUUCUACAGUCUUGUGGCAAAGUUGAAAUCAGGGCCAUGGCGGCUAUAUUGCUGCGCAAACAGAUUACCCGGGACGAGACCUAUAUCUGGCCCCGCCUGCAGCCAUCCACUCAGACCGCAGUCAAGGGCCACCUUCUUGUCUGUGUGCAAAGGGAAGAAGUCAAAACAAUUGUUAAAAAGCUCUGUGAUACUGUUGCGGAGCUUGCUGCCUCGAUCAUCGAGGAAGGUCAGUGGCCAGAGUUGUUGCCCUUCAUGUUCCAGUGCGUAAGUUCCGAUUCUCCAAGGCUUAAAGAAUCUGCGCUUCUCAUGUUUGCACAGUUGUCUCAGUACAUCGGUGAUCACCUGCACCCGCAUCUAAGCACACUGCACACCGUCUUUCAUCAGUGCCUCAACCCAACCUCACCCUCUGAUGUGCGCAUUGCAGCCCUAGGGGCGACAACUAAUUUUGUACAGACAAUCGAGUCACCACAAGAUAGGGAACGGUUCCAAGACCUCCUGCCUGCUAUGAUGCAGACUCUCACUGAGGCCCUCAACCACAAUGAGGAGGUUACUGCACAGGAGGCACUUGAAAUGUUUAUCGAAUUAGCUGGCACUGAGCCACGGUUCUUGAGGCGGCAGAUUGUGGAUGUAGUUGGCUCCAUGCUGCAGAUUGCCGAGGCAGAAUCCCUUGAAGAGGGGACAAGGCAUCUUGCCAUAGAGUUCAUUAUUACUCUUGCUGAAGCAAGGGAACGGGCACCUGGGAUGAUGAGGAAACUUCCACAGUUUAUUGGUAGGCUUUUUGCUAUUCUGAUGAAAAUGCUUCUUGAUAUUGAGGAUGAUCCUGCCUGGCAUGCAGCAAAUACCGAGGAUGAAGAUGCUGGGGAGUCCAGCAAUUAUAAUGUUGGUCAGGAGUGUUUGGAUCGGUUAGCCAUUUCUCUGGGAGGGAAUACUAUUGUGCCUGUUGCAUCUGAGUUGCUUCCCGCUUAUUUGGCUGAUCCUGAUUGGCGUAAGCAUCAUGCUGCUCUCAUCACUCUUGCUCAAAUUGCCGAAGGUUGUGCUAAGGUGAUGAUAAAGAAUCUUGAGCAAGUUGUCAACAUGGUUUUGAACUCUUUCCAAGAUCCCCAUCCCCGUGUGCGAUGGGCAGCUAUCAAUGCUAUCGGUCAGCUCUCGACAGAUCUUGGUCCAGAUUUGCAACAACAAUAUCAUCAGCGGGUUCUGCCUGCAUUGGCUGGAGCAAUGGAUGAUUUUCAGAACCCCCGAGUGCAGGCACAUGCAGCUUCAGCUGUGCUUAACUUCAGUGAAAAUUGCACACCUGAUAUUUUGACACCAUACUUGGAUGGCAUAGUGAGCAAGCUGCUUGUUCUUUUGCAAAAUGGGAAGCAGAUGGUGCAGGAGGGUGCUUUGACAGCUUUAGCAUCUGUUGCUGAUUCUUCUCAGGAGCAAUUUCAGAAGUACUAUGAUGCAGUUAUGCCUUAUUUGAAAGCCAUAUUACUAAAUGCUACCGACAAAGCUAACCGUAUGCUGCGUGCCAAGGCUAUGGAAUGCAUUAGCCUGGUUGGAAUGGCUGUUGGAAAGGAUAAAUUUAGAGAUGAUGCUAAACAGGUAAUGGAGGUGCUCAUGACACUACAAGGAUCUCAGAUGGAGGCUGACGACCCAACCAUAAGUUACAUGCUACAAGCAUGGGCAAGACUUUGCAAGUGUUUGGGACAAGAUUUUCUUCCUUAUAUGAAUGUAGUGAUGCCUCCACUUCUUCAGUCUGCCCAGCUAAAGCCAGAUGUGACCAUCACUUCUGCAGAUUCUGAUAAUGAUAUUGACGAUUCUGAUGAUGAGAGUGUGGAGACUAUCACCCUAGGAGAUAAAAAGAUUGGUAUUAAAACAAGUGUUUUGGAGGAGAAGGCAACAGCUUGUAAUAUGCUAUGCUGCUAUGCUGAUGAAUUAAAAGAGGGCUUCUUUCCAUGGAUUGAUCAGGUUGCCCCAACAUUGGUUCCACUUCUGAAAUUUUACUUCCAUGAAGAAGUUCGCAAAGCUGCUGUUUCAGCAAUGCCGGAGCUAUUGCAGUCUGCCAAACUGGCCGUGGAGAAGGGACUGGCGCAGGGAAGAGAUCAAACCUAUGUUAAACAGCUGUCUGAUUACAUUAUACCUGCCCUGGUUGAAGCUUUGCAUAAGGUCAUUUGGACAUCACCAGAGCCUGAGACUGAAAUUUGUUCUAGCAUGCUGGAUGCAUUGAAUGAAUGCAUACAGAUAUCAGGGACCUUGCUUGAUCAAGGACAAGUCAAGUCAAUAGUGGAUGAAGUCAAGCAAGUAAUAACAGCCAGUGCAACUCGAAAGAGGGAACGGACGGAGAGGACUAAAGCUGAGGACUUUGAUGCAGAGGAAGGGGAAAUACUUCAAGAGGAAAAUGAGCAGGAAGAAGAAGUUUUUGAUCAAGUUGGAGAAUGCAUAGGAACACUUAUUAAGACUUUUAAAUCCUCGUUCUUGCCAUUCUUUGAUGAACUUUCCUCUUAUAUAACACCUAUGUGGGGGAAGGAUAAAACAGCUGAAGAAAGAAGAAUUGCUAUUUGUAUUUUUGAUGAUGUGGCUGAACAGUGUCAGGAAGCUGCUGUAAAAUAUUAUGAUACGUAUUUACCUUUCUUACUAGAAGCUUGCACUGAUUCUAAUGCUGAUGUGCGGCAGGCUGCUGUUUAUGGCAUUGGGGUCUGUGCCGAAUUUGGUGGAUCCAAAUUCAAGCCUCUUGUUGGAGAGGCACUUUCCAGACUGAAUGUAGUAAUAAGUCAACCAAAUGCACGGGAUGGUGAGAAUAUAAUGGCGACUGACAAUGCAGUUUCUGCAUUAGGGAAAAUCUGUCAAUUUCAUCGUGACAGUAUUGAUGCCGUGCAGGUUAUUCCUGCUUGGCUAAGUUGUUUGCCUAUAAAAGGAGAUUUAAUUGAAGCCAAAAUUGUCCACGAACAAUUAUGCUCCAUGGUUGAGCGGUCUGAUGCAGAUAUUCUUGGACCCAACAAUCAGUAUUUACCUAAAAUAGUUGCAGUAUUUGCUGAGGUUUUAUGUGCUGGCAAGGACCUUGCAACGGAUCACACUCUUGCUCGUAUGGUGAAUCUCCUGAGACAAUUACAGCAAACGCUUUCUCCAUCUGCUCUUGCUUCAACAUGGUCCUCCUUGCAACCUCAGCAGCAGUUGGCCUUGCAAUCAAUUUUGUCUUCAUAAUUUAUUCUCAUGGGACAGCUGAGGAUGUAUGGAUUUUUAUCUUGGGUCUUUGCUAGACUUGUUUGUGUAGACUGAAUUACCUAAGCGGGGGUGUUGAUCAUUCUUUUCUGUAGUCAUUCAUUUCACGAGGGCUUUCUGUAAGGCAGGUAUGCAAUAUUCAAUGUCUAAAGAGUUUUGUUAGUCAGUCCUACGUGCCCAUAAUAUGAAAUGGGUUUACAUAGUUCAGAGUUAUUGUAUUAUAAUCUCUCCCAUGUGGCAGAGAAGUGUAGAUGCUUUGAAAUGUGUGUUGCUGUUGAGGUUCAGAGCAAGAGUUUUUACAAACUCUUGUAUCUUGUUGGAUAUGGAAAGUGUGCUCUAUGCAGGAAGAAAAUGAUAAGGCGGUGCUCAGUUGAGUCAUGCCAUGGUGAAAUGACAUAAGCUACUCUCUGUAUCUGGUAUUGUAGUGCUGAGUUGUGGCACUACAUAGUUUUGUUAUAAGAAUCAUUAAAAUACCUACGAGUAGAAGAUUUUCAUGGGAUUUAAAAUUCUAUUGUUGCAAAGAGAACUUUGGAUGUUUUAUCCUAUUGGUUUAUUUAAUCUCAAAUUCAAUGCAAAAGAGACAGCCUGGUUUAUUUA